GCAGGUCGGGGCCCGGCUGGGCGAGCGGUGCCGGGAACACGCAGCCACGCCACGACGCGUGCACGCGCAGGCCGAGCACCCCCGCUACCCCGCUGCGAUCAGGCCCCGGAAGAACCGUAGCCAGCCUUGCAGGAGCCGGCGCUUCUAGGCCACAAGAUGUUCGCUGCCAUCCAGCCAGGUCUAGCAGAGGGGGCCCAGUUCCUGGGGGCCCUGCCUCCUGGAAUAUGUCAACCCGAGCUCCAACCAGACAAUAACUCCAACUUUGUGGAGAGUGCUAAGGAUGCCAAUAAGAAUUGGCAUGGUGUGCCAGGCAAAGUGGAACCCCUCCCGAUGAGGAGUUCCUCUGAGUCACCCUCUGACAACCAGGUCUUCCAAGGCACUGGGCUCCUUGAGGCGGGAGUCCGCAGUCCCCCCGAGGGUGCAGAGCUCCCUGGUGCUGAGCCUGAGAAGCUGAGUGUUGCCAGCAGUGUGUGCUCGCCUCUGGAGGACAUUGGCUAUGCCAGCAGUUCCUUGAGCAUCGACAGCCUCAGCAGCAGUCCAGAACCUACCUGUGGGACUCCUCGAGGCCCAAGCCCUCUGGAUCCCCUUCUACCCUCUGUGGCCCAGGCUGUGCAGCAGCUGCAGGCUCAGGAGCGCUAUAAAGAGCAGGAGAAGGAGAAGCACCACGCGCACUUAGUAAUGUACCGUCGCUUGGCACUGCUUCAGUGGAUCCGGGCUCUCCAGCACCAGUUGGUUGACCAGCAGGCCCGACUGCAAGAGAGCUUCGACACCAUCCUAGACAACCGAAAAGAACUUAUCCGCUGCCUCCAACAGAGGGAAGCAUCUUGCGGGCACCAGGACCACUGCUAAGGGUGUACGCAAGUGUGUAUAUUUGCAGGCCUGUGUGUGGUUACGCACAAGUAAGUACGUGAGUAUCAAUAGGCAUGAGUGCAGGUAAACGUAUAAGUGUGUGUAUGUGCUAACAUGUAGGCAGGUAUAUACAGGCAUGUGUGGAU